ACAAAAAUUAAACUCGCCAAAAAUGAGCUCACAGAAGGGAAACGUGUACCGUUCGCGACCCCAGAAACACAAAAACGUGACCAGUUUUAAAAACGACAAGUACAACAGUAGCAGUUCACGGAUCAAGAAAAUCAACUCAAAAUUACAUGAUGGAGUUUGUCAGCGCUGCAAGGAGGUGCUAGAAUGGAAAGUUAAAUACAGCAAGUAUAAGCCACUUUCUCAACCUAAAAAAUGUGUCAAAUGUCUACAGAAGACUGUUAAGGAUUCAUACCACAUAAUAUGCAAACCGUGUGCCGUAAAACUAGACAUCUGUGCCAAGUGUGGAAAAAAUGAAGAAAUUGUUCUUCCAAUUACAAAAGAAUCACAAGCACCACCUACUGAAUCCCCAGCUCCUGAUUCAGAAAACAAUGAGGGGGAGGAUUCAGAAAACAAUGAGGAGGAUGAUCUAGAUUUUAAAAUUGAUAUGCAUUCUUCUGAUGAGGAGUUCACUGAAGACCAAACCAGCAAGAAGAAAAUGUGUCAACAAAAGUGUAAAAAAUAGACUCUAAAGUGCUGCUAACAUUAUAUUAUGUUAUAAUGUUGUAACAAUAUAAGAAUAACACAUUUAUAUCCAAAUAUCUUUUUUCCCCCCACAAACCAUCAAAUGUAGCUUUAUUAAACAAAAAAGCCAGUGUUUUUUCUUUAGUUUGAUCUCACAAUCAUAGUGAAGCAAUUCUAUAGAAACCUUUCAGGCCAUCCAAGUUUCUAUGUAUGUAUGGAAAAUAAUGUGUUUUUGAAGCAUAUUUUUUUUGUUCUUUUGUUUCUUGAUGUGGAUUAUUAGUCGCAUGACCAAAAAAUAAUAUAAUACAUUUAAAAAUAUAUAAUCCAGCCUGUCAUUUUCCUAGUUAAAGGGACACUGUACCCAAAUUUUUGUGAUUCAAAUAGAGCAUGCAAUUUUAAGCAACUUUCUAAUUUACUCCUAUUAUUAUAUUUUCUUCAUUCUCUUGGUAUCUUUAUUUGAAAAGCAAGAAUGUAUGUUUAGAUGCUGGCCCAUUUUUGGUGAACAACCUGGGUUGUUCUUGCUGAUUGAUGGAUAAAUUCACCCACCAAUAAACAAGUGCUGUCCAGGUUACUGAACCAAAAAUGGCAAGCUCUAUAGCUUAGAUGCCUUCUUUUUAAAAUAAAGAUAGCAAGAGAACGAAGAAAAAUUCAUAAUAGGGGUAAAUUAGAAAGUUGCUUAAAAUUGCAUGCUCUAUCUGAAUCACGAAAGAGAAAAUUUGGGUUGUGUCCCUUUAAAUAAACAGAUUGCAUUUGGUCUUGUGUAUAGUUCCUAACAGGUUUUUUUUUUUUUUGUGACACAGGUUAUUAACCAUUUCUCAAUUUGUGUUAAUUUAUUAAAAAAAAAAUUAAUAAAGUAAAAUCACAAACAAAUGUAAUAUUUAAUAA